AAAAGGACUAAAUAUAGUGAAUUACCAUUAUGCUUUAAUUUACUCAAUUUAUUACUAUUUGUAAUUGAUACUAGCAAAAAUUAAACACAGAUGGAUCUGCCAUACGAGAUAUUAGUUUAUUUAUUCAAAUAUUUACCUAAAUCUGACAGAAUAUCGGCAAGUGAAACAUGCCGAUCUUGGUAUCUGGCUGCUAAUGACCAUUGUUUCAUGAAGAACAAAGUAGCAAUAUUUUACAAAUCGGUGUUAAGUGAUGAAGACACAUCACCUAUGCAUAUUUUUGAAAAUUCGUUAGUCAUACACCAAAACUACAUGUUCAAUGAAGUAGAGAUAUCUAACAAACUGAAUGUUUUUUGGGAUAAAAUAGGGGAGAAUAUAAAAUCACUCACUCUGAGAAAUUGUGAUAUCUGUGAAAAAGUAUUUGUGUACCUCCUCCAAAAAUGUACUAGUUUAGAGGAAUUGAACAUUCAGAGCUGCAGAGAGCUGUUCAUGUCAGGACGUCUACUAGAAGGAAAAACUGAAGGACUACUAGAAGAUAACCUGGACAAUUUAAAAAUUCUAAGCUUAUCAGGAAAUCAGUAUCUUACAGAUGCAUUAUUCAACAGAUUUAUAAUGGCUACUCCAGCUUUAGAAAAACUAAACUUAUCAGCAUGUUCUUUGCAGUUUCACCUUGGUCUGGUUAAAAAGUUUUAUCCCCCUGGCACAGAUAUUUUUAAAAAUCCAUCAGAAAGUGUGCUGACAUUUUAUUUUAUUUUACAAUUCAUUAUAUCACGUGCAGAAAACAUUAAAUGUUUGUUAUUUUCCAACACUCUUAUAGAUGGAGCAGCUCUUAAGUUACUUGCAGAGGUUAAAAAUUUAAAACUGGAGUCACUGGAAGUGCAUAGUUGCGAUCAACUUACAAACACAGGCAUUUUGGCAUUAACAAACUACCAGACUACUUUAAGAGAGCUUGACAUAGGUUUAUGUAGUAGAGUAACUGAUCAAUCACUUAUAUAUAUAUGUAAAAAUCUGGUAAAUCUAGAACAUCUUAACAUUCAACGUUGUCGUGCUGUGACUGACCUAGGUAUAGCAGAAUUGAAAAAGUUAAAAAAAUUGAGAUCUCUUAAUAUCUCCCAGUGUGAACUUAUUACAAAAGAUGGUUUAGAAAAAGGUUUAUGUUCAGAAGAAAAUCAAAUCAUUGAAGAUUUGAAUAUACAUUCAUUAAAUUUAGAUCAGACUGCACUGAUAAUGAUUUCAGAAAAGUUGCCUAAUUUACGUGCCUUAGACAUAAGUUAUUGUUUUAAUGCAGUAAGUGACACAUCAAUUCAGGUCAUAUUUAAAAACCAAGUACUUUUGCACACAUUAAAAAUAAGUCACUGUGACAAAGUAUCUGAUGCGGGCCUAACAGGAAUGGGAAAAGUGGAAGCAGAAGGUGAUGAUGAAGGGCCAAUCAUGUCCAGUUAUGAUGAUCCAUCCUCUAACCACAAAAUACCCCUUGGGUCUAGAGCUGAAGAAGAGAUUGUAAGAGACGCGAAACGAAAGCGUGAUGUUAUGUUAAUGUGUACAAAGCUAACAAUGGAUAAUUUUACUGGCUAUUCUUUGGCACGCAUGAAAGGCCUCAAAGAACUUGAUGUAAGUGGAUGUAAUAGGAUCACGGAUGUAAGUUUAACUUAUGCAUUUAAUUUCAAAGAAUUGGUAAACUUAAAUUUGAGCAGAUGCCAACAGAUAACUCAUGAAGGAAUAGAACAUCUAGUGAAGAACUGUCCAAGCAUUGAAUAUUUCAAUCUAACAGAUUGCUAUAACUUGAAAGAUGAAGCAGUAAAAGAAAUUGUCAAGACUCUUAGAAGACUAAAACAACUUGAACUACGGGGUUGCAAUCAACUAACUGACAAAACAUUAGAAGCCAUAAGAUCUCAUUGCGAGAAACUAAAAUUCUUGGACGUGCAGGGUUGCCGCUAUAUUUCCCCAGAAUUAGCGUGCGCAAUUGGAUCCUUACCCACACUUCACACUGUUCUAAUGUCUAAACCCGGCCCAUAUAUUACAGAUGGCGUCAAAAACAGAUCUCCCGCACCAACAUUUCUGCCAGCUUUAAUGAGGAAGUUUCGUCUUCAUUAAAUCAAAUCACACAUAAUUAAUUUCACAGUCACUACACUAAUAGUUAUUAAUAUUUUUUGUAUUUAUUAUAUUUAUAUACUGAAGGUGAUAAAAAGUUAAACAAUAACAACCAGCUACUCAAUAAAAUAUUUAAAUUGUUCACGAUCAAUUAGUAAUUACAAACAGUAGUAUUGCAUAAAUUUUAUUUUAUUAUUAACUUGAGAUUAGUACAAGUUAGUCAAUAGGGACAUUAUCUAGUCAAGGUGAAAAAAUUGCUGUUAUUACAUACAUGAGCAAUAUCUACUUAUAUUUAUACAUUAAAAUUUUAGUUCAUACUUUCUCUUACAAUUAAACUAGAAAUAACUACAGUGCUCUUAUAAAGUCAGUUUGUAUUGAAUAAAUAUAUCACUCGAUUAUCAUGUAACUCAUUGAGUGCAAUUUAAAUAUCAUUAAAUAUUAUAAGAAAAUUAUCAAGAACAAGAACAAGUGUAUUCCACUUACACUAAGUAUUUUAAAUAAUGUCAAAAGUUGCAAUAACAAACUUUCCUAAUGUAUUGUAUAUAGUAUCUAUCUACUCAUUUCAUUCGACGUUUUGACUGUGACUAACUAUUUGUUAAUGAUAAGGCAAGAAAUACAUAACGGAAAGAGAAAAUUGGCGGUGAUGGAUAUCAUGAAACUUAUUUUAAAAAAAUCACCUUCAUCAAGUCGUGCAUAGUGUUUCAGUAAUGAAACAUACGGGAGAGCUUAUUUUGAAUGAUUUUUUAUCAGUCGAGAGCACAAUGUAUGAACGGAACUAUGUUUGAUAUACUUAAUUUAGGUAUAUAUUAUUGCUUGUGUAUAUUCCUGCUUACCAACACAAAAAAACCGCUUUCAACGAAUCAUAAUACUAUUUAUUUUAACUCAAUGAAAUAGUACCAGUCUUUUAAUACGGUGCCGUUAGUACGAUAAGCUUAGUAAAUUCUGGGUAUAUAAAAUAAAUCGUAUAGGUAAUCAUAUCAAGCUGCUAUUUAAUACUGCUGCUGUUCAAUAAUAGUUAUCUUUCGAAGUAAAAACGGAUAUCGAUUCUCAACUGUUUUUAUCACCGUUUGCGACGUCACUAAAAUGUUUUAUCGAAAAAGAAAAUGUAUUUUGUAAAUGUAAUACAUCGCAAAAUUUUCCACUUUGAUUGUUUCAUACCAUUAAACAUCUAAUCAUAAUCAGUAGAUCAUGUAUGUAAAACAGAAACAAUAAAAACUUUUCCACCAAAACUGGUAAACAUAAGGCUAAUACGUAAGUAGCUACAUUUAAUUAUAAAAGAAGAAACGAGAAGUAAAGAGAACUC